CCCUGUCGAGUCAACCAUGCAGUUAUAAUAUGUGAAGAUUUGAGUCUAAUAAAUACCUGUUUAUUAUCUACAGAGUGGAGGAAAUGUUAGCUUUCUUUUAAAGCUUGUAAAAUAAGUGUGGUUUAUUUAAAAGGUUAGCUGUUUUUAGCGCCUUGUCUGUAUAUUUUACAGUUAACAAGUGUGUAAACAAUGCUCCAGAGCCUGGUGGCCGAGCUGUGGCGGCGGCCCCGAGCUGCUCCCCUGGCAGCGGCCGCAGUUCGCUGCUUGUCUUCGGGCUCGGUGGACAUCACGGUCCCGCUGAACUUCUGGGCUGGACAGAGGAGGUCAGUCCGGGCAGAGGAAUGCAACAAGGAAAAUGUUUAUGAACCAGCGACGGGCCGUGUCCUGUGCCACCUGGAACCAUGCGGGGCUGUGGAGGUUGAUCAGGCUGUGAAAGCAGCCAAGUCGGCCUUCGGCCCCUGGAGCAAGAUGUCUGGACUGGAGAGGGCCAGGGUCCUGAUCGAAGCCGCCCACAUCAUUGAGCGCAGGAGAGAGGAAAUCGCCGAGAUGGAGGUGGUGAACAACGGGAAGUCCAUCACAGAGGCCCGUCUGGACGUGGACUCUGCCAGACUUUGUAUUGAAUAUUAUGCAGGGAUGGCCAGCACUCUGGCAGGUCAGCACGUUCAGCUGCCUGGGGGGUCCUUUGCCUACACCCGCAGGGAGCCAUUAGGGGUGUGUGUGGGCAUCGGUGCGUGGAAUUAUCCCUUUCAAAUAGCUGCUUGGAAGUCAGCUCCAGCCCUGGCCUGUGGUAACUCCAUGGUGUUUAAGCCCUCACCUGUGACGCCGGUCACCGCAGUCUUACUAGCAGAGAUCUACGCACAGGCUGGAGCACCCGAGGGUCUCUUCAACGUGGUGCAGGGGGGCCAGGAGACCGGCAGCUUACUGUGUCACCACUCUGACGUCGCAAAGGUUUCCUUCACAGGAAGCGUGCCCACCGGACAGAAGAUCAUGGAGAUGGCAUCGAGGGGGGUCAAACCUGUGACUCUGGAGCUCGGAGGGAAAUCUCCUCUGAUCAUCUUUCAGGACAGUGACCUGGAGAACGCUGUCAGGGGGGCUCUCAUGGCCAACUUCCUGUCCCAGGGCCAGGUCUGCAGCAACGGCACGAGGGUGUUCGUUCAGAGGGACGUCCUCCCUGAGUUUGUGGAGGAGGUGGUGAGGAGAACCCGAGCCAUUCCCAUCGGAGACCCCCUGUUGGAGAGCACCAGGAUGGGAGCGCUGGUCAGCCGGCCACAUCGGGACAAAGUGCUUUCAUUCGUUGAUCAAGCAAAGAAAGAGGGGGCCUCGGUGUUGUGUGGAGGAGAACCGUUUGUCCCAACAGAUCCUAAACUCAGAGGUGGAUACUUCAUGACUCCAUGUGUGCUGGGUGACUGCAGAGACCAGAUGACCUGUGUGAAGGAGGAGAUCUUUGGUCCGGUCAUGUCUGUGUUGUCGUUUGAAACAGAGGAGGAGGUGCUGCAAAGAGCCAAUGACUCCACCAUGGGUCUGGCUGCAGGCGUCUUCACCAGGGACGUGAAGCGAGCCCAUCGAGUGGUGGAACAGCUCCAAGCUGGUUCCUGUUUCAUCAACAACUACAACAUCACACCUGUGGAGGUGCCGUUUGGAGGAUAUAAAAUGUCAGGUAUCGGGAGGGAGAACGGCCAGGUGACAGUAGAGCACUACUCCCAGCUGAAGACCGUGUUUGUGGAGAUGGGCGACGUGGACAGCCUCUUCUAGCCCUCAGAACCAAAGGAAGCUGCAGCUGGACCGCUGAGCCAGAGGCAGGACCAGACGGGCUGGACCGGCCCACCAGAACUCAGGGAACUAAACCCAGAGCUGCACGGGUUCACGAGAAAACGUGUCGAUUCAUGAGGCUCACUAAGAGCAGUAACUGUUUGUAUUUUACACAAAUUAUAAUCUGAAAUCAUCUGAACCAGCUGCUGUUUGAUCUUCAGGUCAAUCCUGCCAUGUUAGAAUAAAAUGUAAAGAUUUAUAGAACAAAGCAAAAGAUUCUUUACAAUCAAGCUUUAUUUUUGAACUAAACAUUUGUAUUUUUCUUUACACACAGAAGUCAGAACAAAUAAAACAUUUUUACUUCUA